AUCUUGGAGAAGACGACCUGACUUAGGUCGUCGAAGUCAAUCAAAUGUGCGAAGUCAAACUGCACGUGCUAAUCGCACUAAUGACCAGAGAAAGACAGAUCAAGAAAAUAGUCGUACUGCAAUGUCAGAAUUGCGUUCUUUAGUGAGUGACAAUGAAGUAGAUAGGCUUAGAAUGCAACAAGUUCGUGAACAUCAAACACAACAACAGCGAGCACGACAUAAUGAAAUUGAGCGAUUCCGCAGACGCAGUGCUCCUGUGAUUCUGGAACGAGCUGCAUUCCACUAUGAUCCGGCAAUAGAUUAUUAUGCCGACAAAUCGCUAACAAUUGGGGAAAUGACUAUUAUUUGUAAAUAUUGUAAGGCGUUAAAAUAUAGUGGUGAAUCUACUGGAUUAUGUUGUGCUGGAGAAAAAGUAAAAUUGCCACAAUUGGUCCCACCACCAGAUCCUUUACGCUCUUUAGUUUCUGGGAUUGGAAAUGAUUCUAAGCACUUCUUGGCCAACAUUCAGAAAUAUAACAGCUGUUUCCAAAUGACAUCGUUUGGCGCUACACAUAUUAUACAGGACAAUUUCAUGCCCACUUUCAAGAUACAAGGACAAAUUUAUCACUUACUGGGGGCGCUGUUACCACUACCAGAUGCAGAUUAUCAAUUUUUACAAAUUUAUUUUAUGGGCAAUUCAGAUGCGGAAGUUGAUAAACGUUGUGCUCACAAUCCAACAGUGAAGAGAACCAUUAUCCAAGAAUUACAAAUGUUUCUUCAUCAGAACAACAAUUUAGUAAACAUUUUCAAAAUAGCAUUGGAUCGGAUGCCAUCUGACAGCCAUAAUAUUGUCAUUCGAGCGGACAAAAUACCUGCCGGUGAAAACACAAGGAGAUUUAAUUCACCUACCAUUGACGAAGUGGCUGUUGUCAUUGUGGGAGAAAAUUUACAAUCUAGGGAUAUUGUGCUUCAUCGUCGGAAUAAUGAUUUAAAACGUAUAUCUGAAACAAACAGGACUUAUGAUGCGUUACAAUAUCCUUUGAUAUUCUGGCAGGGGGAAGAUGGAUACCAUUUUAAUAUCAAAAUGGUAAAUCAACUAACAGGUGUUGACACAAACAAAAAAGUUAGUGCUAUGAAUUUCUAUUCAUAUAGACUCAUGAUCCGUGAGGGUGAAGUAAAUCAUAUUUUGAUGUGUCGACGACUUUUUCAUCAGUUUGCCGUUGACAUGUAUGUCAAAAUUGAGACUGAACGAUUAACAUACAUCCGUUUGAACCAACGACAGCUUCGAUCAGAGGAAUACAUUCAUCUCCGCGAUGCUAUAAAUGCCGAUGGCAAUGUAAAUAAUGUGGGAAGAAUGACAAUUUUGCCAGCUACUUACAUAGGAAGCCCGCGCCACAUGCACGAAUAUGCUCAGGAUGCUAUGUCAUAUGUUAGGCAUUAUGGCCGCCCAGACUUAUUUGUUACAUUCACCUGUAACCCACAAUGGUCCGAAAUCAAGAGGGAAUUGCUACAUAGCCAAACACCAGUUGAUAGACAUGAUAUCACUGCUAGAGUUUUUAAACAAAAAUUAAAAUCUCUCAUGAAUUUCUUCAUAAAGCAUCGCGUGUAUGGCCAAGUCCGUUGUUGGAUGUACUCUGUAGAAUGGCAAAAUCGUGGUCUGCCACAUGCGCACAUUUUAGUCUGGUUAGUGGACAAAAUAAGGCCAGAUGAUAUUGAUUCCAUAAUUUCAGCUGAAAUUCCUGAUGAAACAGUUGACCCAAAAUUGCAUGCAAUAGUUACCAAACACAUGAUACAUGGACCUUGCGGAGUUUGCAACUACAAUUCACCCUGUAUGGUCGACGGCAAGUGUUCCAAGCGAUACCCAAGAGACCUGAUUGCUGAAACCAUAACGGGAAAUGAUGGAUACCCAUUGUAUCGUCGGCGAUCAGUUGCGGACAAUGGGCGAUUGGUAGUUGUGAAGGUAAGAGGACAAAAUGUUGAUGUAGACAAUCGUUGGAUUGUGCCAUACUCGCCAAUAUUGUCCAAAGCUUUGGAGACUCACAUCAAUAUGGAAUAUUGUAACUCUGUGAAGUCGAUAAAGUACAUAUGUAAAUAUGUUAACAAAGGUAGCGAUAUGGCCGUCUUCGCUGUAACCAAUGCAAAUGACGAAGUAUCACAGUACCAGAUGGGUCGAUAUGUAAGUAGCAACGAAGCAAUUUGGCGUAUAUUUUCAUUUGCGAUCCAUGAAAGACACCCUACAGUAGUCCAUUUGGCAGUCCAUUUAGAAAAUGAUCAACGAGUUUACUAUAAUGAAUCGAACGCGGCAGACAGAGCGACACGUCCACCGUCGACAACAUUAACAAGUUUCUUCACAGUCUGUCAAACUGAUGAUUUUGCUCGCACUUUGCUGUAUGCUGACAUGCCACGCUAUUACACAUGGAAUGCAUCAUCGAAAUCGUUUCAGCGUAGAAAACAAGGAACACCAGUUGAAGGACAUCCAAAUGUAUUUGAUUCAGACGCUCUGGGUCGCAUCUACACAGUACAUCCAAAUAACGAUGAAUGUUAUUAUUUGCACUGGGAUGAUACGUUCAAGGAUUCCGUAAUAUCUUCAUCGCCGCAUCAAAUUCGUACGUUGUUUGCGAUUAUCAUAUCGACAUGUUUCCCCUCGAAUCCAAAAGAUUUGUGGGUUAAGUAUAGAGAUGACAUGUCUGAGGAUGUUUUGCAUCGUGUGCGCCGUCAAACUCUGAAUCCUACACUACAAAUGACUGCAGAAAUUUACAAUGAGACAUUGAUCACGAUAGAAUAUAUGUGUUUAUUGAUGGCAAAUAAAGUAUUGUCGUGUUUGGGAAUGACAGCACCCAAUCGUUGUAUGCACGAUGCAUUAAACCACGAGUUGCAAAGAGAACAACAGUACGACAUUGAAGCAUUGGCCGAAACAGUUCGUACAAAUGUUUCAAAAUUAAAUCAACAACAAAUAAUUGCGUACGACAAUUUGAUAGAAGCUGUGAACAGUGGAUCUGGUAGAAUUUAUUUCCUUGAUGCUCCCGGAGGAACCGGAAAAACGUUCUUAAUUUCAUUGCUUUUGGCGAGGAUCAGAUCGCGAAAUGAUGUAGCUCUAGCGUUGGCUUCAUCUGGAAUAGCUGCGACUCUGCUAGAAGGCGGGCGAACUGCACAUUCUGCCUUGAAAUUACCAUUAAACAUGCAAAUCAACGAAACACCAAUUUGCAACAUCGCCAAAAAUAGCGCAAUGGCCAAGAUCCUACAGGUAUGCAAAUUGAUUGUUUGGGAUGAAUGCACAAUGGCCCAUAAGAGGUCACUGGAGGCACUGGACAGAACUUUGAAAGAUCUUCGUGACAACCAAAAUGUUUUUGGUGGGGCCAUGGUUCUGUUAUCAGGUGAUUUUCGUCAGACUCUUCCAGUUAUUCCUCGAUCAACUGUUGCUGAUGAACUAAAUGCAUGCCUAAAAUCAUCGAGUUUGUAGCGGUACGUAAAGACACUCCAAUUAACAACUAACAUGCGAGUAUUUUUACAACAAGAUGAAACUGCAAAUGUGUUUGCGAAGCAGUUGUUAGACAUUUGAAAUAAUAAAGUCGCAGUAGACACCUCGACCGGAUUAAUCACAUUACCCACAGAUUUCUGUCGCAUCACAGACUCAAAAGAGGAGCUUAUUCAGCGUGUUUUCCCAGAUAUAGAGCAACAGUUCAAUAACCAUAAUUGGCUGGGUGAACGAGCAAUAUUGGCGGCGAAAAAUAAAGAUGUCGAGGAUCUCAAUGCGACUAUUCAGAAUUUUCUUCCCGGCCAGUUGGUUUCCUUCAAAUCAGUCGACACCGUUAUGAACUAAGAUGACGUAGUAAACUAUCCCACGGAGUUUUUAAAUUCACUGGAAUUGCCUGGAUUACCACCUCACAAUUUGAAGUUAAAAGUAGGAUCAGUUGUCAUCAUGCUGCGUAACAUUAAUCAAUCUCGACUGUGCAAUGGAACAAGACUGGCUGUGAAAAAGGUGAUGAAUAACGUCAUUGAGGCAACAAUCAUUAAAGGAAAAUACAAAGGAGAGGA